GCCACAUACAUUCUCCAUAUCUGUUCACGCACAGCUGGAGUGGCAUUUUGGGCACGUUCAUUGGCUUUCGGCUCUGCAGCUUUCACUUUUUUAAAGUUUGAGACCGCAGUUUCAGUGGGGGGAAGAUGGAUUUUUAAUGCGAAUUUGAAUGCAUUUGGAUCUAAGAAACCAGUACAGCUGAAUUUCAUUUCAUUCAUGUAUUUUAAUUUUUGUUCCCUUUCAAUGCCGCAUAUGACAGCGCGCCGCAGUCAUAGAUAAGCGGUCUGUACUUUUAAAUACGCGUGGGGAUUUUGCUGUUUACAGAACCUGCAGUGGAAAUCUGGAUUAACGGAUGAACUGCAAUGGCUAACUAACGCGUUCCUCUGUGGGACUAUACUGCCUGAUCGACGGAUUUACAGUGUCUGGUCCAUCAGAAAAACUCCCGAGAUGAAGAUGGUUGUGUGUGGAUGCUGCGCAGCGUCCUGGAGGAGAUGUGUGGUGAUGUGUCUCAGACUGCUGUUUCUUUUCCCCGCAGGUCUGCCCGUCCGCAGUCAAGGAGAAUCACAGUCCGAUAACAAACAGAUGGACAACAUCACCGUCAGACAAGGAGAGACGGUCUUCCUCAGUUGCUCACAAGGGGACUUUGUGACACACACAGCAUGGCUGAACAGAUCGAGUAUACUGUAUGCCGGAGAGGAUAAGUGGUCCGUAGACCCCAGGGUGAGUUUGGUUACUUUCAACCAGGACGAGUUCACCAUCAGGAUCGAGGAUGUAGACUUGGCAGAUGAAGGCCAGUACAUCUGUGCAGUGCAGACAAGCAGCAGACCUCGAACCACAUCGGUGCACCUAAUCGUUCAAGUUCCUCCAAAGAUUGUGAACUUGUCAAAGGAUCUGGUGGUGAACGAAGGCUCCAACGUCACUUUGAUGUGUCUGGCCAAUGGCAAACCAGAACCUGCCAUCAUUUGGAGAAUGAUAUCACCUUUAGAUGAUGGCCUCAGCUCAGACAUUGAAGUUUUGGAGAUCCCCUUCAUUACCAGACAGAGUGCAGGAAUCUAUGAGUGCACUGCAGCUAAUGACAUUGCUGUGGACACACAGACAGUUGAACUCACUGUAAACUAUCCCCCUAGUGUUUCAGAGGGCAGGGAUGUUGGCGUGACCCUGGGUCAGAGAAGCGUUCUACAGUGUGAGGCAGAUGCUGUACCCGAGGCAGAUUUUGAGUGGUACAGAGAUGAAAUGAGGAUCUUAAAUGACUUUGAUGGUAUUGAGAUUGAGAAUGCCGGAGUACUUUCAAAGCUGACUUUCUUCAACGUGUCCGAGGCUGACUAUGGCAAUUACACUUGUGUUGCUAUCAACAAACUCGGGAGUGCCAACACAAACAUUGUCCUAUACGAAAUAAUUGAACCCACUAGUUCGACGCUAUUGCAAGGACCUGGAGCAGUUCAGGACGGCAACAGUGGCACUUCAAUGAUGUUCACACCCACCUGUCUACUGCUCAUCAUUAUUCUACAACUAUUGCUCAAGUUUUGAUGGUGAAGAAGUUUUCAGUGGAUACCAAUCACUAUGUGUGACAUCACAUAUCAUCACACCAGGAGUUACAAAUCGUACAUUGGUUACCAAAAAUGCCCAAAAUGUGCAUGAGUACCCAAGUACUUCCUUUUUGAAAAAUCACGAUUAUUUGUUUUCUUUAUAAUAAAGUUUAAUAAUGUAACUUACAUUGCUACUUAUCACACUGUUUUUUCUGACCGAAUACAGUUUUGUAUUCACUAAAAGCAAAUUAUGAAGAGGCAAGUCUAAUUUUAAAUAUUUAAUUUAAUUUAUUGACUGUAAUUUUAAUUAACUAUUUAACCUUAUACAAAUUUGUAGAAUACAGUGUGAUAGGGAAUAAUCAUUUAAAUUCAAAGGCAUGCGAUAACUAUGGCAUAUGUCUUUGUUUUUGGAUUGCCAUUAUAUUUUUACAGUAUCAUGACUGUACAGCAACAAAAAAAAGACACAACACAAUUUAAAUGCUCUGUAAUAUUUAAAUAAUGUCUAUUAUGAGUACUUUGUUCUAAGCUCUAAGCUUUUUGUAUUUAAAGGUAUAGCUCUCCCAAAAAUGCUAAAAUUAUUUGCAUUUCUGGGUGAAAUAUCCCUUUAACACACCAUAAACUGAAAACAGUGUUCUGUGGCUCAUGUCAGUAUGUUUUAUUCAAAAUUACAUUUAAUGACCAGACUGGCACAGUAGGAAUAUGCAAAACCACAUAGAAACUUAUUAUUAAAGUAUUUCUUUAAACCUCAAUGAAAGAAAUCUGAUUUUAGAGUCAUUUUUAAACUAAAUGACAUGACAAUUAAGGAAGCUGAUAAAUGUGACAUUUGAAGAUUAAAAAUUCCAAAAGUGCAACAAAACGUUAUUGGAUCCAUUGAGAGAGCCCAAAGAUCUAUCUGCUAAUACCUGUUGAUCACGUAUUCCAGACUAUCUUAACAAAAGUUGGAUUUUUAUUACCAUGGUGGUUUUUCAAAAGAUCAGUUGAUUUUUAUGUAGAUUUUGUGCAUAGAAAUAAAUAAUUAAAGUUAUAAAAAGCCAAAUUUUCUGGCACAUAAAUGUUGUAAUGUUAUUUCAACUCAUCUCGUAGUUCCUGCUAACAUGUAUGUAUAUGCAUAACUUGUACAAAGAGAAAAUAUGCACACUUGUUUUUACUAAAAUUGUGAAUCUGUUUAAUACAAUGCAACAACUUUUUUCUAUUUUUGUUAUUCCCCUCAGUGUAAUUUAUUUCUUGCAAAGGUUAAUUAGGGUUUCUGCGUUAGGUAGACACCAACUAAAACAUUAUUAUUGCAGUGCUUAAUGUGAAAUCUUAAAGUUUUCUUAUAAUGUGAAAUCUUCUAAAUAUUGUGCUUUGGAACUAGAUGAGGCAUAUUUACCAUCAUCAUGAGCAUAUGUCCUUUUAUGUUCCAUAAUCUGACAAAGUGAGAUUUGAUUUGAAUAGUUUCUGAAAUGUACUAUCACCAUAUAAAUAUAUGGGUUGUGACUUCAAAACCAUACUAAUAUUUUUGUCCGUUUUGUUGUCAUAUUUGAUAGGAUUUGUUUUCCCAAAAUUCCUUUAAAGUCAGUAAAUCAUACACUAAAUGAGUCUCCAUGAUGCUGAUGUAGAACUUGAGUUUAGUGGUUUUUAGCACAAGUUGUGUAAAUGAAAGGGAAUGUGAUGUCUGUGUAUGGGUUUUGGGUGAAAGUUUUGUAUUUUUGCCCCAAAAGUGUAUUGUUCCAUAUUGCAGAUUAAUUUUUCUAUUUUUUUCUUUCUUUCUUUUUUAAGAUAUAGGGACCACAACCAGUCUAAACCAGUUCACAUGUUGCACGUGCAUGAAGAGAGACCGAUAAUGUGAAACUAAAAGAGGAAUCCACACAUUUACUGCAGUGUUUUAAUUUAAAAUAAAACCAAAAUAUAAACUGUGUGUGUGGAAAUUUGUAAAACAGCUAAGUGAGAGUAAAAGGGCAACCUAUAAAUGCACCAUAUUAUCAGGAACAAGGCUUUUGGGUGCAUGGCCAAUUCAUUAUCCAAUUAAUGUUGAACAAAUGUAACCUUUGAAAAUUAAUUCGACCUCACCGCCGGACCUUUAAACAAAUCAGACUGUAGAAGUUCAAUUUGUUCCGCUACUCUCUGGUGAUUCCCUGAAGAGAAACACAUUUUAAAAGUAUUUAAAGUCCUUGUACUGUAAAGAAAUUGUUGCGUCAUAUGUUUUUCCUUCAAUUGAGAUGGUGUGUUCAUAUUUAAGACUUACAAUAAUAAAAUGUUGUAUCUAAAUAGAAUUGGUUUCCAGUCGAAUUGUAAUUCUUAAAGGAUUCUGGUUUUGUUCAAAUAUAUUUUAUGAAUUCAUAAUUUGCUGUCAUAUUUCCGGUCUAUCUGAGUGGCCAUAUGUUUUUUUUUUUUAUGGCUGUUUUGUCAUUCGAUCGCAUGAUA